UACAGCAGAGGUGAGUGCAUCCAUCUUUUAUAUGAGGUCACGUGCGCACCUUCUCCUCACAGCGAUGGCAAUUCGUUUUUAACACUUGCCCUCUAUUUUGGCUGGCUGUAUUUCUCUUCAACUUCUUCCAUACCGAUCCACGACCCGGCCCCCCGCCCCCUCUCUCUACGGAAUAUCAACACAUCUGAGAGAGAGAGAGAGAGGAACAAAGGGGUUGGAGAGGAAAAAAGGAUUUCUUUGUUGUAAAUCUGGAAAAUCCUUUUGGAGUCUUUGUUUGUGUUGUAUGAUGUGAAGGAGAAAGAGAGAGAGAGAUGCACGCUUAUAAUAGGCUACCGAGUAGUGGACACAGCAGCCCAUCAACGCCCUCAUCGCCACGCUCCCGCUCCCCUCGUUUACGCGGCGCUACUAAUAGCAAUAGUGGUGGUGGUGGACGGGUCAAACCCAGCAGCGCAGCCCGUUUUACUCCUCCGGGUGCACACAGAACCCUUGCACAUCGUCUUGCUUGGCUCAUUCUAUCAAUUCUCCUUCGUCGACAGGGGAUAUUCCUGUUUGCUCCUUUGCUGUACAUAGCUGGGAUGUUGUUUUACAUGGGCACUGUAUCCUUUGAUGUUGUUCCUAUCAUCAGGCACCGCCCUGCUCCCGGCUCUCUUUAUCGCAGCCCCCAGCUCUAUGCCAAACUCCGACCCGAAAUGGACUCUGAUAAUUCCACUGCUCAUGCGAUAUCAACAAUAUGGAAAAAUUCCUAUAGAGGUGGUGAAUGGAGACCAUGCAUUAACAAAUCCUCAGGAGGUUUUCCUGAAUCAAAUGGUUACCUUUAUAUCGAGGCAAAUGGUGGUCUGAAUCAGCAAAGGACGUCGAUAUGCAAUGCUGUUGCUGUGGCAGGUUAUCUUAAUGCAACCCUGGUCAUCCCACACUUCCAUUUUCAUAGUAUUUGGAGGGAUCCAAGCAAGUUCGGAGAUAUCUAUGAUGAAGAAUUUUUUGUUAAAACCCUAGCCAGUGAUGUGCGAGUGGUGAACAAGAUUCCUGAUUAUGUUAUGCAAAGGUUCGAUUACAAUAUGAGCAAUGUUUACAACUUCAGGAUCAAAGCUUGGUCCUCCAUCAGUUACUACAGGGAUACAGUUCUUCCAAAGCUGCUCGAAGAAAAGCUCAUCAGAAUAUCCCCAUUCGCAAACCGUUUAUCAUUUGAUGCUCCUCCAACCGUUCAGCGGCUUAGGUGCCUGGCUAAUUAUGAAGCCCUUAGAUUUUCAAAUUCCAUUUUGAGUUUGGGGGAAACAUUGGUGUCAAGAAUGAAAGAACGGAGUGCCAAUAAUAGUGGAAAGUAUAUCUCUGUGCAUCUCCGCUUUGAGGAGGAUAUGGUGGCUUUCUCUUGUUGCAUAUAUGAUGGUGGUGAAGAAGAAAAAAGGGACAUGGAUGCUGCAAGAGAGAGAGGAUGGAAGGGAAAAUUUACAAAACCUGGUCGUGUGAUUCGUCCUGGAGCUAUCAGGAUUAAUGGCAAGUGUCCCUUAACUCCUUUAGAGGUUGGUUUGAUGUUGAGAGGCAUGGGAUUUGACAAGAUUACAUCCAUCUAUUUAGCAUCUGGAAAAAUAUACGACUCUGAGCGACAUAUGAAACCACUAUUAGAGAUGUUUCCUCUUUUACAAACUAAAGAAAUGCUGGCAUCCCCAGAAGAAUUAGCUCCAUUUCAGAAUUACUCUUCCAGGAUGGCUGCCAUAGACUAUACUGUUUGCCUUCAUAGUGAAGUAUUUGUGACAACUCAGGGAGGCAAUUUCCCCCACUUUCUGUUGGGCCAUCGAAGAUACUUAUAUGGUGGACACUCCAGGACCAUCAGACCAGACAAGAGGAAGUUAGCUUUGUUAUAUGAUAAUCCCAAUAUCGGGUGGAGGAGCUUCAAGCGGCAAAUGCUUAAUAUACGAGCACAUAGUGAUUCAAAAGGAAUUGAGAUUAAAAGGCCAAAUGACUCAAUAUAUUCAUUCCCUUGCCCAGAUUGCAUGUGCCGGAGUAACAAGACCGAAGAUUCUAGAUCAUCCUCAGUAACGUGAUCUGUGUGCUUGUCAAUAGGUGGUGUUCUUGUUCUCGUAGCGUGCAUGAACUUCAGCGCCUAACCUGUGUGCAUGUCAGCAGGUGCUGUUCUUGCUCUUGUAGUAGACAUGAACUUCAGCUGCUAACUGUUGUGAUUCUUUCAUUUUUUUCUCCCUCCACUGUGGAGAGGGCCUUACUGGAUCUUGGAGCUGCUUCUGGGAUUUGAGUAAUGACUGAUCAAUUUGAUUAUCUCCCGGGCACGAGUUUGAGUGUACGCUUUUGUACAUGAAGGUGUAAGAAAGAAUGGGAAAGUUGUUUCCAUCGGUGAUGUUGCCCCGGGCGUUGAAUUACAUAGCAGAUUCAUCUUCUUCCAGCUGCUGUAUCUAACAAGCUGUGAGGUGACAGGAGAUAUAUUUGCACGUUAGUUUUGUGAGAGACAGGAUUUUGUAUAUUAGUGAAGUAGGAGUGCUAGAUUAUAGGAACAGGAUGAGAACAGUGUAGGCUUAUCAGAAGUCAGGGUUCCAAAGUUUUACUGAUACCCUUUCUUGCCAAUAUUUGAUAAUGUCUUCCUUGUUGAUAUUUAUUUCUCAGUUUCACUAGAUUUAUCACCCCAUUUCAGAGCGCACAGAAUUUGAAAAAGAGCAUUGUUACAGAUGUGUGGAUUUUUCCUUGA